AUUCUGCCCUGAAUUUCAUCUGUUACAUGAGCGUUGAAAUGUAAACAAGAGACUUGUAUAAUUUGGCGAUAUCAACUAAACACCCUACUCACCCCAUAAACCAAUCCAUCGUGUCCCGAAAGUAUUCUGACGAAAGAGGGAACAUUUUUUCGGCUUGAGCUUUUUGAACUAAAUUUGACAAAUUGGGCAAUUGACUGACUCAAAAUUAUACAAGAAAAUAAAUUAGAUUCAACUAUUUAAGAGAUUAAACUUAGGAUAAUCUACUUCGAUCAGGAUGAUCAAGACAAAGCUACUCUUAUUAGGAGAAUGCGAGCAAGGAAAAUCAACACUCGCCAAUUUUUUAUCAGAAACUGUCGCUGAAACUGGUCAACCUAAGACGUAUAAACCGACUCAAGGGUGCCGUAUUGUAGAAUUUGAGGUGAAGGACCUAAAGUUGAAAAGUGGUCGGAAAGUUAGUUGCGAAGUAGAAAUGUGGGAUGUCAGCGGUGAUCCUAGAUUCAGCGGUGGAUGGCCGGCAAUAGCCAAGGACACAUCAGGCAUAGUGUUUGUGUAUAGAACCGACACUAAUUUAAAUGCCAAGGAGAUGGAAGGAUGGUACAAUAAUUUCGCCGACAAGCAAGGCUUAGCUGACAAGCAGUGCGUUAUUUUUGGUAAUAAUAUUGAUGGUCGAACAAUCGAACCGAACAUACCGUAUAAAAUGAAUAAGAUUCGUUGCACUGUUAUUGACUUGAACAACGAUCCGGAGGGUGUUCGCAGUGAAUUUGACAAGUUCUUAACUGAUGUUUGUAUCAGUACGGACGAGGCGAGAGACAGCGAAGAAUUAAAACUAAUAAAUUAGUUAACUUCCUAUUUCGAACAUAAAUUAGAAUGAUAUUCGAAACCGCAUAAGGAUGCUUCUUUUUUAUAUUUUUUCUUUGUUUUAUUCGACUAUGAAGAGGCAAAAAUUUUGCACGUAAUCAAUUACAUCCCGAUGUUUUUAUAUAAUAUAUCACUAUCCGUCCAUAAGAGAAAAAGUACCCAUUUAAAUAAUAUUUAUAUCAACUCUCUAUGCGUAUGCACAGAGAUACAUACAUUUUACUUGAGAAAAAAUACCUAUAUACAGUAUACUAAAAAACAAUUAAUAAAUCAAUUCACCUUUUUCUUAUAUACACGUUCGAUUGUCGUUAAAAGUUGGUUUGUAACUUUUUGUUCCUGUCUCGUCUUUUUUAUUAUUUUCUAAUUUAUUUACCUUUAAUGUCACCUUUUUUGUUUUAAACUAAAGUAUAAAUGUGAAAAACAUUCGGCCUAUGAUUGAGUAAAUUUUAUGGAAAAAGAGUAUAAAAUAGAAAAGGUAUAUUAGAAGAAGACGAAGAAGACUAAAGCAGACGAUAUAUUUGCUCGAUAUAGAGCAGAUAUUUUACGCUUUCUUGUAUUAUCUUACAUACAAUGGUAAUGCUUUAUAGGAGUAAUUAUAAGAGCUAGUAUAGGCUUGGCUCUAAACUCAAACAUAGUAAGAAGGCAAUCUAUUCUAAGGACACAGCAUAUGUACACGUAAUCAUAUUUGACGCAAUAUCAUAGUCCACUCUAUUGACUCUGUACAUAAACAAAAAAAGCUAAUUGCUAAAUAAUAUACAAGAACAUUUAUCCUCCCCAACAGCGUAUUAUACCUCUAACAUAAGUCUCUUCAUCUAAUACUCUCAUAAGAAACAAUAGAUGUUAUAUUAUUACUUUUUUACAUCUUACAUAAUAAAUACUUCAGAAAAUAUACACUUAAAUGCACGCGUUUAUGCUUUUCGCUAUUAUCUUGAAAAUACUGUUGAUUUCACA